AUGAUAACACACCCAUUCCUUCAAUCUCAUUUUCCUCUUGAUUUUACUAUUAUGACCCCUGAACAUGUUAAACCGGACAUUGAAUAUGCCAUUUCACUAACAAAAAGAAACAUAGAGGCCAUCCGCCAAGUGAGUAUAGAGGCCUCUAAUUUUGAGAAUGUUGUUCAUGCGCUUGAAAUGGCCACAAUGGAACUUGACGACGCGAACACAUUAGUCACGAUGAUGUGUACGCUCCGUGGCGACGUUGAUGGCUAUACAAAAGCACAAGAAGAAGUUCUUCCGAUGAUUACGGAGAUCAAAUCCGAGAUGUUUUCUGAUGAGUGUAUUUUUAAGUUACUUUCUUAUGUUUCCGAACAUAAAAAUCAAGAGAUGGACCAUAACCAAAAACGACUUACCGACUUUUUCUAUAAAAAGUUUGUGAAAGGAGGUUCCUUGCUGUCGAAAAGUGAAAAGACCGAGUUGAUCUCUCUUCAGAAAGAUCUCAGCGUGUUGAUGCAAAGAUUCAACUCCAACGUUCUCAGCGAUACGGACGAGAAAUAUGUCACUUUCACUAACAAAAGUGAUUUAAUGGGAGUUCCUGAGGAUUCAAUUGCAAGAUUCCAUGACGAGGCAAUCUCACGAAAAAGUGAGGGGUUUGUCGUAACGCCUAAGGCCCCAGAUUGGAUCCCCGUGUUGUCAUAUUGUCAAAACUCAACAACUCGUCAAAAAGUCUAUCACAUGUGCAACACAAUCUGCUCAUCUGGAAAAUCAGACAAUACCACUGUUAUUAUUGAGAUCCUUAAGAAACGCCAGAGACUCUCUGAACUUCUUGGGUAUAAAGAUUACUCGGAUUAUGCCACUGAUGGCCGUAUGGCAAAAACCGGAGACAAUGCAGUAUCGUUUGUCGAUGAUCUCAAAAACAAGGUUGCACCUUUUUUCAAGACGGAGAUUGAGGAACUUAAAAAUAUAAAAUCAGUUUCAAGUUCUGAUUCCAACGAAAACCUCAAACCAUGGGAUGUGAGUUAUUUAAUCCAAAAAAUAAAGAAAAGUCAAUAUAAUUAUGAUGACCAAUUAUAUCGGAAAUAUUUUACAUUAAGUUCGGUCUUGGACGGGCUUUUUUUGACGAUAAAAAAACUGUAUGGGGUGUCGUUGGUAUAUAACGAAAAAGUGAAGGCGUGGCAUGAUGACGUCAGAUUUUAUGAUGUUUUUGACGAAAACGAAAAGUUGAUUGGCGGAGUCUUUUAUGACUUUUUCCCACGAAAAGGGAAACGUGGAGGCGCGUGUCAAGAAAUAGUGUGGAGAGAUUAUGUCAAGAAGAAUGGAACAAAACGACUUCCUUUAGUUUUUGUGGUGACCAAUAUCACGCCAGGAGUCGAUGGAAAAGAGGCGAGAUUGAACCACGAUGAGGUCGAAACUAUUUUUCACGAAAGUGGACAUAUGUUACACGGCAUUUUCGCAUUCCAACCAUAUUUCAAUCUCACAAACGAGAACGUCGCAUUUGAUUUUAUCGAACUGCCUUCGCAAUUUUUCGAGAACUGGACGUUCGAAAAAGAAGUAAUCAAUGUGAUGACGUGGCAGGGAAUAUCUCAAGAAAAUGAGAAGAGUGAGGUCAAAGGAAAAGUGAGUGAUGUGAUUGAGGAGGGUGGAAAGAAGGAACAGAUGAGGCGCGUACCGGAUGAGUUAUACAAUGUGAUGUGGAGUGCUAAGAACUUCAUGGCUGGAUAUUACUAUAUGCGACAAUUGUCUUUUGGAAAAAUGGAUUUGGAGAUACACAGAAACUUUUUGAAGAGCGGCAUGGAACUUGACGACUUUAUUAAAGAGAAGACAAAGGAUUUCGGAAUAGAGUUUGAUGUACCCAACUACUCGAUUAUUCGACGCUUUGAACAUCUUUUCACUGAGGCGUGCUGUUAUGCGUGCUCGUAUUAUUCUUAUAAGUAUGCUGAAGUUAUUGAGGCAGACGCGUUUGAACUUUUUAAAGAAAAGGGAAUUUUCGAUAAAGAAACGGCCAUGAAGUUCAGAAAAUACAUUUUGGAGCCUGGAAAUACAGAAGAUGCUGAUGUGCUUUAUCGCAAAUUCAGAGGAAGAGACCCAAAUCCAGAUGCUUUACUUAGAAGAGAUGGGCUUUUGAAGUAA